AGCUCUCGUCACUAACCUCAUUCUGCUCCAUUCAUUAACAUGAUUCACCAAGCGUAACACAACGCCACUCGGUUUAUCCUGAUAAUUGUAGUUUUUUUAAUUGUAUUGAAUGUUUGGACGCACAAAGUGACGUGUUCAGUAUUAUCUUUUUGAUACUUUUGUAACGUUUUAUAAAGAUGCAAGAUCCAAAUGAAGAUACCGAGUGGAAUGAUAUCCUUCGAGCAAAGGGAAUCAUUCCUGAAAAGAAGAAAGAUGCCGAAGUCACAGAAGAUCAGAUUGUGCAAAUGUUGGAAAACACGAUCGACCAAAGGACUGGAAGAGUACAAACAAACUUGGAUGACAAGACUCUUGAUGAACUCGAUGAGUUAGAGGAUGAAGAGGACGAAAGAGUUCUUUUGGAGUAUAGGCGCAAGAGGAUGGCAGAAUUUCAAGAACUUGCAUCAAAAGCAAAGUAUGGUGAUGUUAAGGAAAUAUCUGCACAGGACUACGUUCAAGAAGUUAACAAAGCUGGAGAGGAUGUUUGGGUUGUUCUGCAUUUAUACAAAUCAGGUAUACCUUUAUGUACACUUGUGAAUCAACACUUAGCAGCUCUAGCAAGAAAAUUCCCAACAACAAAGUUUUUAAAAAGUAUCUCUACUACGUGCAUUCCUAACUUCCCUGAUGCCAAUCUUCCAACGAUAUUUAUCUACAAAGAUGGAAGCAUGGAGAAACAAUAUGUUGGGCCUAUUGAACUGAGAGGGAUGAAGCUCACAGAAGAAGAAUUAGAAUGGAUGCUGGGUUCAGUUGGUGCUGUACCAUCCAAGAUCAAAGACGAUCCUAAACCAAAAGUGCGAGAUGUGAUGUUUGCCAAACUGGCUGCUGAAAAUGAUGACAAUGAUUGGUAAUAAUAAGUUAUUGUACAGGCCAUGGUUUUAUUUAUAUUCAUCUUGUUUUCAUUGUUAUAAGAUUCUACUCAUUUGUUUUUCAAGUUUUUUCAAAGCAAUUAAUGAAAGUAUUAUGUCAUUCAAACUAAUUAGAAAACAUUAUGUAAUUAUUUGUAUUACACAUUACAAUGUUCUUGUUGAAUAUUACUGAUUUUAAAGAAAGCUCAAUUCUUUUACACGCCAAAAAUUAUGUUGUAAUUUAUAUGCGAUCAAAUUAAAAAGUUUCAACAUAAAAUUGUCUGUCUCGCAAUCAUU